AUGCCUCCAAAGACACCAAAAGAAGAAUCUAAAGGUAAUGCAUAGCCAGACAAUCAAAAGAAAAGAGAUUAGAAGGCAGAGUAAAAGUAGCUCUCUGAUUUCUUCAAACAAAAUAAGUCUGCACAGGUAGAUGCAGACAAAUAGGAUCAGUCUUAAAAUCCGAUAAACGUACAAAUAAAUGUCAACAGCAACAAUGAGUCAAAGCUUAAAAUUUUUCAUUGGAAUGUGAAUGGUAUUAGAGCUGUCCUAAAUUCUGGAAAGCUUGCUGAAUUCUGCAAUAAAGCAAGACCAGCAAUACUAUGUUUGAAUGAAACAAAGAUUGAUGAAGUGACUUUGAACAAUGAAAACGUUAAACUAAGCUGUGCAAAAUGGUUUCCAGUUGAUUACUAAUAUUGGAACUGCUGUAAGCCACCUACUAAGGGAUAUGCUGGCACUGCAAUUUUAGUUUCAAAAGAAUUUGGAGGUUCAAAGCCUUUAAGAGUAGAAUAUGAUAUUGGAAUUGCAAAACACGGGAGCGAGGGAAGAGUGACAACUGCUGAGUUCGACUAAUUCAUUCUGGUGGCCACAUAUGUCCCAAACGCAGGAGUUGAUGGCCUUAAAAGAUUGAAUUACAGAGUAAAGGAGUGGGAUGUUGACUUCUAAAAUUACCUAAAGAAAUUAGAAUAAGACAGCAACAAACCCGUGAUAUUAUGUGGAGAUCUCAAUGUUGCUCAUCAUGAGAUAGAUAUAUUUGGACCAAAGGGAAAAGAAAAGCGAGCAGGUUUCACUGUAGAGGAGCGUAAUUCCUUUGGUAACUUCUUGAAAGAAAAGGGCUUCGUUGAUACAUUUAGACGACUCCAUCCUAAUACUGUAAAGUACAGCUACUGGAAUCUAAGAAGUGGAGCAAGGAACAAGGACCAAGGUUGGAGAUUAGAUUACUUUGUAGUAAGUGAAUCAAUGAUGAAUGCAGUAGUUGAUUCAGAAAUAAACACUGAGUAUUGGGGUUCAGAUCAUUGUCCACUUUCACUAACUGUAGAUACUGACUAAAUUUAGCCUGUAAUUUUGAAUGGUCAGCCGCCAUUAAUAAAGAAGUAAUAAGCAAACCCAGAGGAAAAGAAAGACAUGAUAAAAUCUUCAGUCUCAUAAAUAAAAGUAUCUGUUCCAUAAAAGUAAAAAGCCCCAUUUAUUAAAGGUCUUGUUGAUUGA